AUGGUCAAUACUGAGAUCCCAGUCAACUACACAAAUUCGCCAUCGUCAUUCAAUGGCACUCCCAGUUUGACCAUCAAUCGAGACAUAUCAACUCUUGAUCUCGAGUCCAGCAAUGCAUUCGAAGGACCAGAGAAGCUCCUAGAAGUAUGGUUUGCUGCGUCGGAGAAAGCGCUGCCCGCCAGUGCUUCUCCGCAAGGUCUCAAGGUCGUCCCGCAGGCAGCGUGGAAGGACAUGCUUGAUCUGGUCAACUGCAAGGUCCUGUCCGUGAUUGAGUCGCGCAAUGUCGACGCCUACUUGCUCUCCGAAUCGAGCAUGUUUGUCUUUCCACACAAGGUGGUGCUGAAGACUUGCGGUACUACGACUCUGCUCUGUGGCCUUCCGCGCAUGCUAGAGAUAGCUGCGCUGGACGCUGGAUUCCCACAUGUCAAAGCCAAUCUUCCAAAUGCGAUACCAGCCGCGGCCACUCCAUACCGCAUCUUCUACAGUCGCAAGAACUUUCUCUACCCUGAUCAGCAGCGCGGACCGCACCGUAGCUGGCGCGAUGAAGUUCGCUAUAUGGACAAGAUGUUCGUCGGCGGAAGUGCCUACAUGAUUGGGAAGAUGAACGGAGAGCAUUGGUAUCUCUAUAUCACUGGCCCGGGAACUGUUCUGACGCCGCCCGCGACUCCGGACGAUGAGCGCAUGGAGACGCCGACCAAGCAUGUCACGCUUCCACAGAAAGGUCAGAUUCCGAAAGUGGCUGAUCCGCUGGAUGAUGACAGCGGUGACGAGACGCUUGAGAUACUGAUGACGGAUCUGGAGGAGAACAAUGCACGCCAGUUUUACCUGGAGCACGCCAGCUCCAUUGCCCAGGACAACGCACGGCGCGUCCAUCAAGCUCGCAAGGAAGCCAUCGAGCAUCUCGGCGUGAUUGAAGAGGCCAACUCCUCCAACCCAAGCAUCUCCGGCAACACCCUCGUCAACGAGGACUCGCGCUUUGACGUCUUCGCUCAGACAUCGACCGACCAUUCAGCGGCCAACUCGGACGGCGAAGACGAAGCGCUGACUUUCUUCGAAGAGCUGACCACCGAAGGCCACACGCUCGGGUCCGUCGUGUCCGACACCUGCGGUCUAGCCGACGUCUACCCCACCUCCAAGUACCCAGACGCCCGCAUCGACUCCUACCUCUUCACCCCCUGCGGCUACUCCGCCAACGGCGUCGUCCCGAUGCCAGGCGACGGCGAAUCAACCAACUACUGGACCGUCCACGUCACGCCCGAGCCGCAGUGCUCCUACGCCAGCUUCGAAACCAACGUUCCCACCAAGCACGCUGGCCGCGAGACUGUAGAGGUCGUGCAGCAGGUCGUGGGUAUCUUCAAGCCAGGCCGCUUCAGCGUUACGCUGUUCGAGACGAAGAGCGAGAAUGAUGUGCUAGCGGCGAAGAAGGAUAAGCGGAUGGAUCAUGUGGAGGGGUAUCGACGGGUUGAUCGGAUCGUGCAUGAUCUUGAGGGGUAUGAGUUGGUGUUUAGGUAUUUUGAGAGGGAGGAUUGGAAGGGAGGUGCGCCGAGGUUGGGGGAGAACCAGUGGGGUGGGUUUCUUUGA